AUGUUUCUGUUGCUCUUAACUACCGCCUGUGCGCUUGCGAUAUUUUACAUCAAAUGGACCUACACAUAUUGGCAACGCAAGGGCUUCCCUUAUCACGAGCCGAAGAUACCUUUUGGUGUGCUAGAGGCCGUACGUAGACGUAAAGCUUCCUUGGGCACUGCCAUCUACGAUGUUUAUCGCAGUAACAAGGAUAAAGUGUUGGGCAUUUAUCUAAUUACACGACCAGCAUUGCUGAUACGCGAUGCGCAGCUAGCGAGGGAUAUAUUGUCGAAGGACUUUGAAAGCUUUCACGAUCGUGGCAUACAUGUAGACGAUGAGGAGGAUCCGCAAUCAAGGGGUGGCAUUUUCUUUCUUAAAGGACGAGAUUGGAGGAGUCUGCGCAUAAAGCUGGCGCCCUCAUUUACAACGGGAAAAUUGAAGGGCAUGUUUGACCAGAUCGAUGAUGUAGGCGAUAGAAUGGUGAACUUUCUGAACAUGCAGCUAACUGACAACGGUGUUAAAGAGUUUGAAAUGAAGCAUGUAAUGGGCACCUAUGCUAUAGACAUCAUUGCAUCGGUGAUUUUCGGACUGGAUGUGAACAGCUUCGUUGAGCCAAGCAAUGAAAUACUAAAUGUGAGCCGAAAAGUCAACGAACCCACUUUGGGCAGUGUGGUGCGCGGCACGUGCCAGUUUCUAUAUCCCAGUUUGGAAAAACUCUUCAUACGUUUGGGUUGGCGUGAAGAGGCGCCCAAUAUGAUGAGAAAAAUCGUUAAGCGUACUAUAGAAAUGCGCGAGGAGCAAAAUAUUUCACGCAAGGAUAUGCUUCAAUUGCUUAUGCAACUGCGCAACAAAGGUCAAAUUAGCGUUGAUGACAACGAUUGGUCGGCAAAAGCGACUGACAAAGUUGUGCCGAAACCCAUGUCCAUUGAAAUAAUUGCCACCAAUUUAUUUCUGUUCUACGUGGCCGGUUAUGAAACGACUGCCUCUAUCGCCUCGUUUACGGCCUUCGAAUUGGCACAAUCGCCGAUUGCAAUGGCGAAAGCACAGCGUGAUGUAAGGGUGGCACUCGCGAAACACGAUAACGAAUUCACAUACGUAGCAGUACAGGAUAUGAAAUAUCUGGAUCUCUGCAUAAUGGAAACUAUACGGAAAUAUCCCGGACUACCGAUACUUAAUCGUCAAUGCACACGGGACUACCCGCUGCCAGAUAGUGAUUUGGUGAUCAAGUGUGGUACACCGAUUAUUAUUUCGCUGCUGGGUAUACAUCGUGAUGAAAAAUACUUUCCAGAUCCCAUGCUUUGGCAGCCAGAAAGAUUUUUAAAUGGAAAAUAUGAGCCCGCCGCUUAUAUGCCAUUCGGCGCAGGUCCCCGACAUUGCAUCGCCCAACGUUUGGGUCGCAUAAUCGUAAAAGUCGCUUUAGCGAAAUUGCUGCUCAACUUUAAUGUUGAAUUGAAUUCUGAGCGAAAAGAAAUCGAAAUCGCUAAUUUUGGUGUGCCGAUUAUGGCCAAAGGUGGCAUAAAUGUACGGUUAUCGAAGCGAAAUCCGACGCAAGGCGAAUAAUAAAUCGAAGCUGUUGGAAAAUUAUCAAUAUCAAUACUAGCUACUUAGUUACAAAUGAUUGCGCAACCUUUUACAUAAAUCACGAGAAAUAAAGCGUUGCCGACAAUUCAAAAACAUUGG